AUGGAGUACAACAUGGGUUGGCUGGUCCAGGCCGAGGCGCCCCCCGGCGCGCUCUUCCGGAAGCUGCGGCGCGUGGUGGCGUCCGGGCAGGCCUCUCCGCGCGACCUGGCCUCUUGGGCUGGCGGACUUCAUCCACUGGUUCACAGACCUCGCUGGCGCGGAGCCGUUCCCGCAGGAGGGAUGCGAAAAGUUCGUGCUCAAGUUCCCCAAGGCCGUCCUGAACCAGUUCCUGCUCUCCUUCGGCAUCGUGCAGAACAUCGGGCUGCAGGGCGCCACGGAGACGCAGGUGUACGAGGACUACCUGGUGUGGCGCUGGGACAGCCACAAGCCGUCGCUCGGCCCCGCGCCGCAGGGCAGGGGCGCGAUCGCCAGGAUGCGGCUGGUGACGAUGGCGCAGGGCGACAGCGCCGCGGUGCUGCGCGCCUUCGACGCGCUGCCCGCGCGGGACAGGGAGGUCCUGGGCGACGAGCUGGGCCAGGUGGACAUCUGGAACCAGAGCUGGUCCCGCGAGGAGUCCGAGCACAAGGGCCCGGCCAUCUUGAUCUACUACGCCCCCGCGCUGAUGCAGAAGGCUGGCAAGGAGGAUCCGGUGCGGGCCUUGAAGGUGCUGGCAGAGGUCUUCCGGCGGGCGCGCGGCCUGUGGCCGCUGACCGAGGAGGCCCGGAGUUGGUGGGUCUCCGUCCGGGUAGACCAGCUGAAGGAGCUGCCGCUGGGCGACGUGGAGCGGCCGAAGGACGGCCACGUCUGGGCUGUGGGGAAGCUGACGUCCAGGGAAGGGGCGGUGCAGCUCACGCCGUGCUCCGAGGUCGGCAGGCCCGACUGGGCCGCCUGCCACGCGGCCCUGGACCUGCGGCCGCUGUAG